CUUUCCUCUCAGUGUUUAUUUAAAAUGUCCCCUCUUCAAGGUUAAACCUGCAUUAAUUUUGUACCUCUUGUAUACCUACAAUUUUUUUGCUCAACCCUAACUGGAACUUAAUAACUCAUGGGGAAAAAAUAAAGUACUGUCACCCCACUAACGAGAUCAUGAGAUAACAGUCUGAAUUUAUGCAAAUAAUUUUUUAUUGUAGAUCUUGGUUUUAAGAUUUGGCCUGUUUUUCAAAUCAUUGUUUUGAGCAGUGAGAAAGUUGGAGAAACUCGCAAUCUAAAAAAGCAUGCUGUAGCUGGUUGUAUGUUAUAAGGAAACGUUGUAUAGUCAUUUAAAAAUUGAAAUUUGGUAACCUUUGAUUUGAGAAGGAUAUUGCAUUGGAAACUUAUCUGAAAACAAGACCUACAAGAAGAAAUUGCUGCUGACUCAGUUGGUAGCGCAACCUUUUAAAAUGACCAAUGGAUUAAUUACUUGAGAAUUAGGAAAAGCAAUCUGAAUAUGCAGCGAUUGUUUUUAUAAAACUUAGUUAAAAUAUGUUUUCAGAGCAGCUAUUUCUUUAAUAAAGUUAAAAUUAAACUCAUACAGAACAGAUUCAUAGAAAGAAAUUUAAGUUAGAGCUUUUAUGGCAGGGAAAAUACCCAGUAACUUGAAUGAAAACCACAUUUGAUAAAAAUAACUGAAAAUACUGCAUGAAAUGCAUUUCUGUAGAGGGCUGGUAUAUUAGUGAGCCUACUCUCAACUUGUAGGACUGGGAGAGUGGUAUAAAUAAAAAUGAGAAUGCGUUGGCAUUGCAAAGGACUGAUUAGUCUUUUUUUUUUUCCAGUAAACAUAUUCCUUUUGAGUAAUGUAAAGUUUAUUUAAAUCCAAAACACGGACAGGUCUUCUGCAAUUUACAUUGCCUGUGGACAGCAGCCAAGGCCAGCAUGCAGGUCCUUUAUGAACGCCUUCUCAGAAGAAAAUAUCCACGAACCCAGAGAGACGCCUACCUAGAGAACAUAGAUGUAGAAGUUCGUCUUACAGAGCUGUGUGAAGAAGUGAAGAAAAUGGAAAAUCCUGAUGAACUGGCAGAACUCAUAAAUAUGAAUCUUGCUCAGCUUUGCUCACUUCUAAUGGCUCUCUGGGGACAGUUUCUGGAGGUCAUUACCUUACAAGAGGAAGUCACAGCAAUGCUAGCGCAGGAGCAUCACACGUUAAGAGUGCGCAGAUUUGCAGAAGCAUUCUUUUGUCUUGAGCAUCCUAGGCAAGCUGCGCUUGCCUAUCAAGAACUACACGCUCAAAGUCAUCUACAAAUGUGUGCAGCUAUCAAAAAUACUUCCUUCUGCAGUUCUCUUCCACCCCUCCCUAUUGAAUGCAGUGAACUAGAUGGAGAUAUGAACUCCUUACCUAUAAUCUUUGAAGAUCGGUAUUUAGAUUCAAUUACUGAAGAUCUGGAUGUACCCUGGUUGGUAGUUCAGAAUCUUCCAAGGUCAGAGUCCAAUAAACUGGAUAAAUUUGAGGCUGAAGAAGGUUUUGUAGCUGCUUUUACUAGCCCAGAAUUGAAAAUAAGACCUGCAGGUGCCUCCAACCCUUGGCAUUCAGAAAGUGAGAAGCUGCUAACAAAGUCUUUGAAAGGGAAAAAUGAAGAUGCAAAUAAAUCCAAAGUUAAGGUUACUAAGCUUAUGAAAACAAUGAAACCUGAAAACACAAAAAAAAUCGUGAAACAGAACUCUAAGGACUCUGUGGUUUUAGUAGGCUACAAAUGCUUGAAAAGCACAGCAUUGGAAGAUGCCUCUAGAAGCCCAGAAGGCAGGCCUUCGUAUAAUGCUGCCGAAGGGCUGGACCCUACGUUAGGUGGAUUUCCUUGUGACGCAAAGACCUGCACCAGGCAAAUAAGUCAAACAGAGCUUACAUGUUUGGCCUCUAGAACUGAGCAAAAGACUGCCAAGACUGAAGGUAUUCAACCAAGUCAGGGUAGCCCAGUGAAUUCUUAUUGCACAAACGUGGCUAUUUUUGGUAGACUUAAUAUCUCCCAGGCAGGUCCUGGAAUUACGGAAGCAGAUAGUGCUCUGCAGCCCGGAGGUGCACUUGAAGGCUGUCAUGGAGGUCAGCCAACUGCAUCAGGCGUCAGGACAAUUGAGGUGAAACCAAGUAGUAAGAAUCCCUAUGAAGGGGAGAAAGUAACUGUUCACAUUGGAUCAUGGGCUGAGUUUCCACAAGAUGGAGUGCAAGGAGAGAAUUUGCAGACACCCAAUAUUCAGGCUUCAGAAUCCAGAAGUAAACUGAACUCAGGAGAACAAGAACAAGUAUUUGAGAAAGAAGAUGUCCGUGAAAGAAAUUUCCGACAUACGAGUGAUGUCUUGACAAGAGUAAGAAGUAACCAGCCUACUCUUCCUACAAAAGAAACUCAAAUUUCUGUAAGUGGAGAUGUGACUAAAUUACCAGAUGUUAGUGUGAUGUAUGCCUCUUCUAGAUUUUCAGAUUCAGGUGUAGAAAGUGAACCAAGCUCUUUCGCAACUCACCCCAACCCCGAUCAGGUUUUUGAAAAUAUUCAGGGGCAAAGUGCAUACAGUAGUGAGAGGUUAUUUCCUCAGCUUUUACUAAAACCGGACUGUGCUAUAAAAAAUGCCAUAGAAAGCCAUUGCACUGAGAGUACCAGUGCUGUAAGUGAAAUACAGUCAUCCCUGACAUCCAUAAAUUCUCUGCCUUCAGAUGAUGAUGAGCUGUCACCUGAUGAAAAUUCAAAGAUAUCUAUUGUACCUGAAUGCCAGCUGACUGACAGCAAAACUAUAUUGGAUCUUGGAGCAAUUGACUUACAAAAAUGCGAUGACGGUAAAAAAUCAAAUACCAAUUUGCAGCAGGAGUGUCUUGUCUUUUCAGGACGUUCAGAUAAUGAAACUCUGUCUAUACAUUCCUCAGAGUCAGGCACAAAAGAUCUUUUACACUUAGUUGUUUCAGAUGAAGAUGCAUCUACUGAUGUGAAAAGUUACAGCCCACAGGCAAACAUUGUCACAACUUCUGAGGACUCUCAGGACCUUGAAAAGCAUCAUAACACUACAGGAGAAACAGCUAAAUUGCAUGUGGAAAUUACUUAUAUGGGUGAGCCAUCUGUUGUUUCAGGUUGUUCAUCCAUAAAUGAGUGUGAGGUUGAAAAAACCAAUGAAGGAAAACAUAAUGAAACUUUAGAAUUAAAAGAGACAGCUGAAGAACUGUUAAUAGUGAAAAGUGAAACUGGUACAGAUAGUCUUUCUCCAGCCAGUAGUACUGAUAUAGUAAAGCAAGGGCUCGUAGAAAACUAUUUUGGCUCUCGAAGCAGCACAGAUAUUUCAGAUAUUUGGCCAAUGGACAACAGCGAUCCUGUUAGCCCUCAAAAGGAAACAUACGAAAAACAAACGAUUUGCCCCUCCCAACAAGAGGAGGAAGACGAGGAGGAUCAAGAAAUGAUUGAAAACGGGUAUUAUGAAGAAACGGACUAUAGCAUUUUAGAUGGCGCUUCCAGUGCUGACCCAGACCAGGAUCUUGGUUUUGCGGAAGAGAGAGCUUUAAGAUCUGAAAGGUGUGAGAGUGGGCAUCUAAGGGAUGGAAUAACUGUGCCUCCUGUCUGUACUCCUGGUUGCCUGUCUUUUCCUUCUGCUCUGAGAGACUCUCCUUGCAAUGUUAUCUGUUCGUCAAGGACUAAAACUGAUGCAAUUACGCAGCAGCCAGGCAGCACAUCCUACAGCUCAGCUUCAUCUGUUUCCUGGUAUGAAAGCUCCCCAAAACCUCAAAUGCUAGCUUUCCUCCAGGCUAAAGAAGAAUUGAAGCAACUUAAACUUCCUGGAUUUAUGUAUAGUGAUGUUUUCAAACUGGCUUCUUCAAUACCUUAUUUUAGUAUGGAAGAGGAUGACUGUCCAGAAGAUGGAAUACAUCUUAUAGUCUGCGUCCAUGGCCUAGAUGGUAACAGCGCAGAUCUCAGAUUAGUGAAGACUUACAUUGAGCUAGGGCUGCCUGGAGGGAGAAUAGAUUUUCUUAUGUCCGAGAGGAAUCAGAAUGAUACCUUUGCUGAUUUUGAUUCCAUGACAGAUCGCCUUUUAGAUGAAAUUAUACAGUAUAUUCAAAUUUAUAAUCUAACCCUUUCAAAAAUCAGCUUUAUCGGACAUUCACUGGGUAAUUUAAUAAUCCGUUCAGUGCUCACAAGACCUCGGUUUAAAUAUUACCUCAACAAACUUCACACCUUCCUGUCUCUGUCUGGACCACACCUUGGUACACUCUACAACAGCAGCGCUCUUGUUAAUACAGGUCUGUGGUUUAUGCAGAAGUGGAAGAAGUCUGGUUCUUUAUUGCAACUGACAUGUCGAGACCAUUCAGAUCCACGACAAACUUUCUUAUACAAACUUAGUAAAAAAGCAGGUCUUCAUUAUUUCAAAAACAUAGUGUUAGUAGGAUCUCUGCAGGAUCGUUAUGUUCCUUAUCACUCUGCUCGCAUUGAGAUGUGUAAAACAGCUUUAAAGGAUAAGCAAUCAGGACCAAUUUAUGCUGAAAUGAUCCAGAACCUGCUUCUGCCAGUUCUUCAAAAUAAGGAAUGUAAUUUGGUUCGUUAUAAUGUCAUUAAUGCAUUGCCCAAUACAGCAGAUUCUCUCAUAGGAAGAGCUGCACACAUUGCUGUUCUUGAUUCAGAAAUAUUUUUAGAAAAAUUCUUUCUUGUUGCUGCCCUAAAAUAUUUCCAGUAGAGAAGAGCAUAGUGAGAGACUUGGUUAUUACCUCAUUAACAGAUGAAUCAAAUAAUGUGUGGUAUUAAAGUAUAGCUGCAGCUGUAUUUUAAGAGAUAUUUAUACUUUUUAUAUGGAAGAUAAUUUAUAUCAUCCACACUUAGGGCUUUUUAACAUCAACUUUACUUUCUAGGCAAUGUGGCUGUGCAAUAUUUUUUUAUUUUGUUCUUUUUACUUUUCUAUUACUUUUUCUUAAUUUUGGGUACCUAAUUAUUAGGAGAUUAAAGCACAGUGUGUACUUUUGGUUGGGGUAUUAUUGGCUCUUAGGCUUAAGAAGUCAGUGUUACAUGGCUACAUUUUACUAGAGGCUUUAGAUGCCAAAAGAAAUUGGAAGUUAAAAAUUCUAGUAAGGUAUUACACAUUCAGAGGUAUUUUAGCACUGCAGAAAGUUUAACUGGAAACACAAUGAGCUGCUAAAAUACUGGAUAUUUGAGAAUGACUGUAUUUGUCAAUCUCACAAAGACGACCGUUACCGAGUUGUCUGUUUAGAUAUCACUACAUCUUAACAGUUUUCUACAAAAUCAUCAUCAUCCUUAUUAAACAUGUUAUGCCGGUGUGGGAAUAUUUUUUCUACUGAUCUCAAAAACAUUCGUUUACAUAUUCACUUUUAUUACUGGAACUUUAGUUUUCAGAAGCAAAUGGCAACUAAGGAUUUUUGAAUGUUUAAUGAUAGCUGCCUUCAAAUAAUUGGGGUUUUGCAAAAUUCAUUAAAAUUGCCCCUUACUCUGUCUUCAGAUGAACGUGGACAGUUUUACAUGGACUUCCUUGUAUGUACGAAAAAUAAGUAAAUGUUAUAAAUUUCUGCAAUACUUUUAUGAAUUUAAGCAAUUUUUAAAUAUUGUUAAAAUGUUUUAUUGACUACAAAGUAUUGUAAAUAUAGAUCAACACAUCUUCAAAUGAGACACUAUUGUAAACUUUACCUGUUUAGUGAUACAGAUAACAUGUUUUUGAUAUACAAGAAUGUUAAAGGUCUCUUGACUUUUUACUGGUGCUGAAUAGCAUUAAGUUUGGGUUCUCCUUCCUUCCCUUUUAUCUUAUUUCAAACAACAGUCCACUAAAGGUAGGGAAAAGGGUUACAUGUGCAUUCACUAAGUGUAACAAACAUUUUUUGAAAAAUACAAAUUUGUUGUAUAAUGCAUGUUUAUUUUUAGCAUUGUAUUAUUGCAUCUGGUGUUAAUAAAAUGAACAAAUGACUCUAAUGGAAGCAAUUAAAGCAACUGAAAUCUACCAAUUACCAAAAUUCUGGGGAGGCUUUAUAUAUUUUGUAUUAUUUGAACUUAAUAUAGCAAUAAUAGUUUAUAAUGAAGUAAUCUUGCAUUUGAUAUGGUUUGUUAAUAUCAUCUUUGUAAUAUAUUUCUUUCUCUGUAGCUUAUAAGUUUCAUUUGAGCACCUACAGUUUGGCAAUGUGUACACUAAAAAGGAAUAUUGUAUUACUGAGUUGCAUUAGGCGAGUCCUUAAAAUGAUGACAGAAAAAUAUCUUAAAUACAUUCCCACUCCAAAAAUGUAUAUUUUUAUUAAUAAUUUUUAUUUUAUGACCAUGUUACUAUGUUGUGAAUGUUUAAAUUAUGUUCGGACGUGUCAACUGUCCUUUGGUUAACAGUAUUCUAGUACUUGCUAAACUAGCUAAAUUUUUAAUAUCAGCUUAGGGAGCUAAGUCUGCAAAACAAUUUUCCUUGAUUCACAACGAUCAAGUUAAGCUACUCAUAAUACAUAAUUUUUUAGACACUCCUGUCACUGUAGGAAAAUGUCUAUCUUGCUGUGUCUCUGGAAAUCUAAAAAUGUAGAGCAUACUUUUGGGAUUAGCACAGCAGAAAUGAUGUGUAGCCACUUUUUUAAAUCAUAGAUCCCAUGCAUUUAAGCAGGCUUGAACUUGUUUUUCUUCUAUGAAGAAAACAGAGGUUGUAGGAAGUCAUAGCGUAUUUAGAUGCAAAUUUACCAAGGACAGGCCAAAUAUUAACAGAACUUCAUCUUCUUUUUGUCUCCCCUACUUUGUAUCACCCACUGCAGUCCAUCUGUGGUCUGGUAGCCCUGUCAGUGCUAUAGCUUUUGUGGUGCUGUUUGAUGCCCGUAAUUCCCAGAUAGAUGGCCACUACUUGUUUGCAGUAAGAUGAUACUGCGUAGCGUGAUGAGCCCGGUGUGCCCUUGGAUCAUAUGAAGUUCAUAUUUGCACUUAAAAACUUUAUGGUACACUUGCAGCUGCUGUAUGAACAACAUAUGUGAUGGAUGGACGUUACAGACAGCUGUGUGUGUGUUGUAUGGCGUGCUUGCCCGUAUUUCUGCCUGUGAUUUACUAGAUAGAAAUAUGGGACUCAUAUACAUAAUUGGAUGCAUCAGGAGCCAUAAAGUGUUCCAUCUUCCCCUCCCACCUUCUGCUUGAAUCAGGGCUUUGUCUUCCCGUAGGGAGAGUGACCUCUCCUUUUAUGAUAGUGCUAAGUAUCCCACAGCCACUUGAAAGAGGAGUAUGUUGCUUCAGGUGCUACUUAUAGAAUGGAAGACAAAAAUGAAGCUCUUAGCAUUCAUCUAGAAAGCUGCUAGUCUCUUGUUCCCUGAAGGCAUUACGCUGCUGCUGUUAUUUCAUAAAACUCCUGAUGGUAUUGUUAGGAGGUCAUUGCAUAAAACGAAAUUACUGUAUCUGAAUAUUUGUUUGUACAUAGUGUAUCUAAAUUAAUUCCAUGGUUUGUGUUUGAAUCGUCUAUCAAAAUUAAACUUUCUUAUCCCGUAGAUCUGGAAAUUACUACUAAUUGGGAAAAGGGGAUCAUGUGUUAUUGUGGAAGUCACCAGACUCUGCAGCAGGGCCAAGAAAUUCCAUGUUAAUGGAAAACUUAUGCUAUAGCCACAAAAUACUCUUCAUUCCAGGCCUAUCUUAUAUGCACAGCCCUGAACAGGUAUGUUGUUCAGAUAGCCAGACAGGAAGGAAGAGGAAUUUAGGCAGAAUUGGCACGUUUGCCUGCUGCCUGUGGCAGUGGUUGCUGUGAUGUAGGCUGCAUGGUCAGCUUACACUCUGCCUCAUCUGAAUUGACCUGCUGCAGAGUAAGUGUCAGCUCCAGCUCUGCUUUUUAGAGCAGCAAAGUAGAACA